CCGGGGUGGCACGGUGUGGCACAGGCUCCAUGCCUCCCUUUGCACCCAUCUGGAGCAGCAGCACUGGGUUGCGGUGGCUGCCAAAAAAGAAAUGCUCUCCCGGCCACGGCGCUGUGCGUGCUGGAGUUGGCAGGACCGGCUGUUUCAUUGUAAUAGAUGCCAUGCUAGAGAGAAUAAAACAUGAAAAGACUGUAGAUAUUUAUGGCCAUGUAACUCUAAUGAGAGCCCAGAGAAAUUACAUGGUUCAAACGGAGGACCAAUACAUCUUUAUCCAUGAUGCACUGCUUGAAGCAGUGACAUGUGGAAAUACCGAAGUGCCAGCCAGAAACCUGUAUGCAUAUAUUCAGAAGCUGACACAGAUAGAAGCAGGAGAGAAUGUCACAGGAAUGGAAUUGGAAUUUAAGCGGCUAGCCAGCUCUAAAGCCCAUACUUCAAGAUUUAUCAGUGCCAAUCUUCCAUGUAAUAAAUUUAAAAAUCGCCUUGUUAAUAUUAUGCCAUAUGAAUCCACAAGGAUAUGUUUGCAACCCAUCAGAGGGGUAGAAGGCUCUGAUUAUAUCAAUGCCAGUUUUAUCGAUGGAUACAGGCAACAAAAAGCCUAUGUAGCUACACAGGGACCUUUGGCAGAAACAACAGAAGAUUUCUGGAGAAUGCUUUGGGAGCACAAUUCAACCAUCGUAGUCAUGCUUACUAAGCUACGAGAAAUGGGCAGAGAAAAAUGCCACCAGUAUUGGCCAGCAGAGCGCUCAGCCAGAUAUCAAUACUUUGUGGUCGAUCCAAUGGCAGAGUAUAAUAUGCCACAGUACAUCCUAAGAGAAUUCAAGGUCACAGAUGCCCGGGAUGGCCAGUCCCGAACAGUGAGGCAAUUCCAGUUCACUGACUGGCCUGAACAAGGAGUGCCAAAAUCGGGAGAAGGGUUUAUAGAUUUCAUCGGCCAAGUUCAUAAAACAAAAGAGCAGUUUGGACAAGAUGGGCCGAUUUCGGUUCACUGUAGUGCGGGUGUUGGAAGGACUGGAGUGUUCAUAACCCUAAGCAUUGUGUUGGAAAGAAUGAGAUAUGAAGGUGUUGUAGAUAUUUUCCAGACUGUCAAAAUGUUAAGGACGCAGCGGCCAGCCAUGGUACAAACAGAGGAUCAGUAUCAGUUCUGCUAUCGAGCUGCACUAGAAUAUCUGGGCAGUUUUGACCACUAUGCAACGUAAAAACAAAUGGAAAAACGCUGACCUUUCCUGGAUUGUUAACUGCAGGCCCUUUAAGAUCCAGAGAGCCUCUUCUGAGCCAUACAGUGUGCUUGAGAAGUACUUAACUUUUAAUUAAAGACCAAUUAGUGGGAAAUAUUAACAGGAAAAAAAAAACUGCCGGGUGAACCAACAAUUCACUCAUCAGUAAACUUAACCAGAAACAUAAUUAAAGAAUCUUGACUGGGUUGAGGCACCUGAAGGAUUUCAGUUUACAGAGAUCUCAAGGAUUCAGUUUUGAUUGAAAUUAAAGGGAAGAGGACAUUCCUGCCAACUACGAUCAUCUCGUUCAGGACUGCAUGAUAGUGAACGAUGCCAAUUUUAGGAGUUCUGCAAUUCAGCGCAAGAUGUUCGUCAGGAGGCCCGUCCCCGGCUCCUCCAGAACAAAACCACCUCUUUGUUUCAACAUCUCCCCUUCCCACCAUAAUGCUCAUCAAUAACAUUUGGGGAUGGGAGGGAAAAGGGCAAAUGUUUAAAAAGAAAGUCCUUGAUUUAGUUUUCUAGUAUUGUAAAGAUACUGCUGACCUGUGCUUCAUUUUUAACUGUGUAAACUUUUUUCCUUUUUUUUUAAACAAAGGUUUAUCAUUCAAUGAAGUGAAACAAUUUUUUUGUUUGUUUGUUUCUGAAUUGUAAUUUUUUUUACGCUGUAGAACUGUUACCUGUAAUAUCUUGCUGUAGAAAUGUUAAAUAAUUUUGACAAUUUGCACAUUUUUGUGCAACCCUAUAUUUAUCUCCAGGACCACAUUCUCAUUUAGAUAUUGCUUUUACAUUUGAUUUUUUUUUCAAUGAAAUAUAAAUCAGUUAAUCUACAUACGGAAGAUUUUGUUUUUAUUUCUUUUGGAAUCAACAGGGAAGCGCAAAGUAUAAAGCUGCUGCUACUAACACUCACACUUUUCUCUUUCUACUAUAAAUAUAUGUAUAUCUCUCGUUCUCUCUCUAUCCAUCUACAAUAAUAAUCAUGUAGAUAGAUAGAAAGAAAUGCACAUAAAUAUAAAUAUAUAAAUAUAAAUAUACAUGUAUCGGUUCUUCCAUGACUUGGAUUUAUUGAAGUAGUAGGGGGAAAAUCCAAAUUGGUACAUUCAGACAAUACAACACUUCUACUCAUCUCUGCAUUUCAAGGUUUGCUUUUGAGGGUUUUGUGUUUAUUUUAUCUUUUUGUUUUGCUUUCUUUUCAAUUUCCUAGGGGAAAUGAGGAAUGCACAUCAGUGAUACUUGAAAUUCAGUCUUACCCAAAAAUAAUGGGUAGAAAUCAUGUGCACACACAUCACUCACCACCCAUGCACAUUAAAGUCACAGUUUCAUCCACCAUUACUAGAAGAGAAGCCCCAUUAACUCAGUGGGGCUCACUUCUAAAUAAACCUGCUUAGGGAUUGCAUUGCAUAUUACAUUAUAGCUCACGGUGAGAUUUCAUAUUUGGAACAUUUUAGUGCAAUAGCAACCACACUAAAUAUAUGUAUGAAGAAGGUCAGUUCAUAUCCCUAACAGAAAGAAAAUGCUAUAAUAGUUGUCAAGAAUUUUUAAAAUGUAUCCACUCAUAUAACUGUCUGCAAUAUAGAGUAAGACAUUUGGACUGAUGACAUAUAAUGGGGCAAAGCCAAACUCACGUUGCUCUGUUAGGUCAAAAUAUUUUAUGGCAUACAGCACCAGUUAGAAAUGCAGUUUUCAAUUUUAAUUUUUGCAUUUAGAGUGCCUUAUAUUUGAUGCCUAUUUUGAUAGCAUUGCUUCAUUUUUGUCUGUUUGCUUCAACAGGAUCUCUGUGAUUUCCCACCCACCCCCCUUUCAAUUAAAACAUUCUCUUUUCAGCAUAUGUACACUGAAGUUUGUUUUAACGAUAUUCAUUCCUGUUUUUUCCCCAAGUGUUCACUAUCAGUAAUUUUUUAUCCAAAGCAGAAGGUAGACAAGCGCCCUGUAGCCACAGGCAAACUAUUUCAAAAGUGUGUUUUUUGCCCAAACUGGCAUCCAUAACCAUAGAAUUGUUUUGUUUUGUUUUAUAGAAGAUAGCAUUGCUAUUCUGAAAAUAUAAUAGAACGCUCCUAAUACUUUAGGAAUGACAAUUUGAAUGGGUUUGGAUCCCAAUUCAUGUACGUGAAUUUCACUGGAGGCCAAGGCUAGGCUUUAUUCAGCUGGACAAGGGACUUCUGGUGGUAUUAACUAAAGACAACCGAAGACAUUGAUUGGGCCAGUUGAACAGAAGUUACGGCUUCUUAUGUUGGGCUAGGUCAAACCUGGCACCAUGUUAAAUCACAAAUAUCAAAGAAAUGUUUUUAGAUGUGUUUCCAUAAAGAAAAACAACCAAGAAUAUACUUACAUUAGCAUUUAUUUUUCCAUGUUUUCCAUCACUACCAGAAAUAAAUAUAUUAAAAGACCAAACACUAGAAAGCAUUCUAUUUGAGCACUUUUAUAUAUAUAUAUAUUUUAAAAAAACCAAUUAAAAAGCGCAAAAAACAAAAAAAAAAUCCACAUACAUAAUGUAUAAUAAUUUUUAAAUAAGCAUUCUAGAAGGCUACCUCAGAGUGAGAUUCUUUAAUUCUACAUCAGAAUCCAACAUGAAUGUGUGCACUGCAUGUUUCCUUUUGAUUUGUUUCUGUCAAAAAUAAAAAGGUCCAGGCUACACACUGAACUCACCCUUUGAACCAAAAGUAUGGUUUGACAGACCGACACAGUUUCAAACGAUGCUAGAAAGGCAUGGCUGCACAAACGCUUGUGGUGAAUUGGCUUAAAUUCAAGCACAAACCUGCCAGGGCCGAAGCAAUAGAAUUCUUCCCCAAAGAGCCGUAUCGUGUGGCAUGGAUCGGUUGGGUCUUGCAGAAUCUGGAUGCAGAGUGAUUAGUAAUCAUGGGCAUGGCUGCCGAUGAGGAUGUGGGGGCUUGGGAAGCAACCAAAGCAUGAGUGAGCAUCAGCAAGGCUUCCUGGUUCAGAAAGGGCACAAGAUUUAUCUGUGCAAAGCUCCCCCCCCUCCAGCCACAGCUGCCACCUGCUCCUUGAGCAGGAGCCGUGAGUCAAGGAGGAUCCUCAGUUGUGCACCAGCUCUAUCCAUGGACACCUUGUGCAGACAUGCCUUGGGGAGGCCCACUGCAGAUCAGGCCAGCCUUUCUUCAACAACUGUUUGAUUUAUAAAAGAAAAGUAUAAAUUAAAUCAGAGGGAGGGGCAUCACGGAAAAGCAGCCAAACAAAUAGCCAGUCAUCUUCCUCUCAAAGCUACUAUUCAGGAGUUGCUUCUAAAGAGAUUUCUAUCCAAAUCAUUGAUGUGCAUUCCAUUUGGGUUCCUUUGCGGUGCGGUGAUUUUUCUCUCAUUUCCUUUUUCUUUUUUAAAUGAGUAGGUCUCGUAAACCGUCAUUCACCAUAGUCGG